CUGGCUGAACGGAGCGUGCGCGGAGAAGUGUUGCUCGGCAUUUGAGCCGAUAAGAGAGACGGAGGAAAGGAGUACCCGUCAGCAGAGUUCAGUGAUACCGGGAAUCCGAUCAAAAGAGCAAGAGUAACAUAGGAAGGAAUCUGUUCCCUAAUUAAGUGGGUGUUGGGAUCAUCUAGGGUGUGUCUGCCUUGGACUGAGUAGGAGUCAGGACUUUGUUGUGGAUGUUCUUGUGUAAGCUGCUGUUCUGACUGAGGUGAGAGGUUGUACUUAGUUCGGUCUCGGGGAGACAUUGUCCUAACGCAUGUUGAUGAUGGACAGCCUGAGAAACCGCUGUUUGGUGCUGCUGUUCUUCCUGGGUAGUGCUACCACAGCCCUGGAGGUCCCUCUUGACCCAAAAAUUCUGGAAGGAUUGCCACAGCCUCCAACCAUAACCCACCAGUCCCCUAAAGACUACAUUGUCGACCCACGUGAGAACAUCGUGAUCCACUGUGAGGCCAGGGGAAAGCCUCACCCAAGUUUCUCCUGGACGAGGAAUGGCAUACAUUUUGACGUUGAUAAAGACGCUAAGGUGAUUAUGAAGCCUCGCUCAGGCACUCUGGUGAUUGACAUCAGUGGAGGGGAGAAGGCUGAGGCCUAUGAGGGGGUCUACCAGUGCACUGCCCGCAAUGAGCACGGCACCGCCCUCUCCAACAACAUCAUCAUCCGCCAGUCCAGGUCUCCCCUGUGGUCGAAGGAGCAGAUCAAACCCAUCUUCGUCCAGGAGGGCAUGCCUCUGGUACUGAGAUGCCAGCCACCGGCGGGUCUUCCCCCUCCCAUCAUCUUCUGGAUGGACAACAAUUUCCAAAGGCUCCCACAGAGCAGGCGGGUCUCACAGGGCCUGAACGGGGACCUCUACUUCUCCAAUGUGAUGACGGAAGAUUCCAGAAGUGACUAUAUCUGUUACGCACGCUUUCCCCACACACAGACCAUUCAACAGAAGCAGCCCAUCACUGUGCGCGUCUUCAACACGGAUGCAAUCAAUGAGACAAUGGAAGCUUAUUUGAAUGACACUGAUUUGUUUGGUGACGAGCCACUAGAGGAGAGACAGCCAGUGUUUCUGGUUCCAUCUGAUUUUGUGAGCGCAAAGCUGGUACUCAGAGGGCAGGUGUUGGAGCUGGAGUGCAUUGCUGAGGGACUGCCCACUCCAGAGAUCUCCUGGAUUAAAGUGAGUGGUGAGCUCCCGGCUAAGCGAACCUCCUUCCAGAAUUUUGAGAAAACGCUGCGGAUCGUGCAUGUGUCUGAGGCAGACGCUGGCGAGUACCACUGCACUGCCAAGAACCGGCUAGGCUCCACCCAUCACAUUAUCCACGUCAGUGUGAAAGCUUCUCCAUACUGGAUCAGUGCUCCCCAGAAUCUAGUCUUGGCCCCACUGGAAACUGGGGUGUUGACCUGCCGAGCUGGAGGGAACCCCAAACCCACCAUUGCCUGGUUCAUGAAUGGAGUCCCCAUUGAGAAUUCCCCUGAAGACUCCAGUAGGACAGUGGAGGAUGAUACCAUUAUUUUCACUGAAGUCCAGACUGGCUCCAGUGCUGUGUACCAGUGUAAUGCUACUAAUGAAUAUGGGUAUCUCCUCUCGAACGCCUUCCUCAAUGUGCUGGCUGAACCUCCCAGGGUGCUCACUCCUCUUAACACAGUCUACCAAGUCAUCAUGGACAAGCCCGCUUUUCUGAACUGUGUCUCCUUUGGCUCACCAAUCCCAAGAGUCACAUGGUUUAAGGACAGCCGAUCCAGUAUCCUGGUGGGCGACCCAUAUGUGUUCCAUGACAACGGGACUCUUGAGAUACCUGUGGCACGGGUCGUCCACAGCGGCAAGUACACCUGCGUGGCAAGGAACUCCCUUGGCAUCUCGGAGAAUCACGUGUACCUGGAGGUCAAAGAGCCCACACGGAUUGUAAAGCAGCCUGAGUACAUGGUGGUCCAGAGAAACAGCGAUGUGGUGUUUGUAUGUAAAGUGAAGCAUGACCCUUCCCUCAUCCCAACCAUGAUCUGGCUCAAGGAUAAUGGAGAGCUUCCUGAUGAUGAAAGAUUCAUCGUGGACUCUGAAAGCCUCACCAUUAGAGAAGUGACAGAGAAUGAUGAGGGGACAUACACAUGCAUUAUGAACACCACCCUGGACCAGGACUCAGUCAGUGCCAAGCUCAGUGUUGUUGAGGCUACCCCCACACCAGCGGUUAUGUACGAAAAGCCAGAUGCCCCCACAGAUCUGGAGCUGACAGAUCCUGGGGUACGGAGUGUCCAGCUCUCCUGGAUCCCAGGAGAUGAGCACAACAGCCCUAUCAAGAAGUUCCUUAUUCAGUAUGAAGAUGCUCUUCAUAGCAGUGGUACAUGGAAUAACCUGACGGAGGUGCCAGGGACCAAGACUAUGGCUCACCUCAAGCUUUCCCCAUAUGUGCACUAUAGCUUCAGGGUCCUAGCUGUCAAUGAUGUUGGCUACAGCCUGCCCAGCCUGCCCACGCACGUCUACAAAACCAAGCCAGCAGCUCCUGAUGAGAACCCCAGUGAUAUUAAAGCCAUGGGCAUGGAACAUAGUAAUUUGGUGAUAUCAUGGAAGCCAUUGACAGGUCUUCAGUCGAAUGGUCCUGGUCUUCAGUAUAAUAUCAUGUGGAGGCAGAUGGAUGUGGAUAAGGACUGGAAUUCUGAGACAGUGGCCAAUGUCUCUAAGUUUGUGGUAGCUGGAACACCCACUUUUGUGCCAUAUGAGGUGAAAGUUCAGGCUCUGAACGACUACGGUAACGGGCCCAAGCCCCCCAUCAUCAUCGGUUACUCAGGAGAGGACUUGCCAGUGUCAGCGCCAGAGAAUGUAUGGGUUCGGGUGCAGAACAGCACUCUGGCAGAGGUCCACUGGGAGCCAGUGCCAGCAAAAGCAGUGCGGGGAAGACUACAAGGCUACAGGGUGUAUUACUGGAAAGAAAGAAGCCUACACAGGCACACCACCCACAGCCAUGCCCACCACAUGGAGCAGCAGACAUUGAACUUCACUGGCAACCGGAGCCAUGGCAAGAUCCCAGGCCUCCACCCAUACAGCAUCUAUUUGCUCAAUGUCCGAGUGUUUAAUGGGCGUGGCGAGGGCCCGGCUAGCUCCAGCCUGAGUUUCAAGACUCCUGAGGGAGUUCCUGGUCGACCAGCAUUCCUGAGGGUAACUAACAGCAAUCUAGACUCUCUGACCCUGGAGUGGGGUCCACCCCAUGAGCGAAAUGGGCAUUUAACAGGCUACAUCCUUACAUACCAAUCAGUGAAUAACACCAAUGAGUUUGGCCAGCUGAAGGAGCUUGUCCUGCCGCCCAACGAGACCAGCAUAACACUGCACAACCUCAAGUACAGCAUGCGCUACAAGUUUUAUAUCAGUGCCAAAACACUGAAAGGACCAGGGUCCAGCACUACUGAGGAGUUUGCCACAAUAAUGGACGGAGGGAGUCCAGAUUCCCCCCAUCCACUUUCCCCUACCUCCCAGUAUCUACGCCCCCCUCAGCACAAGGUGCAUCCAGUAUCUCCAGUGUUUGGAAACGUUAGCUCGUCUGUGGGCGAGGAUGGAGCACUAAUAAGUUGGGAAUACUGGGGACCAGAAAGGCACAUUUAUGUUGAAUAUAUUGUAGAGAACAGUGAUGAAGACUGGCAAAAAGAGAUGGUAAAUGGCUCACAGUCCCAUAUGCUUAAGGGUUUAAAGGAAGGACUGGCAUACAAAGUGCGGGUGGUGGCUAAGAGCCAUGCUGACCAAACGGUCCACCGUUCUGAGGAGCUAUUGGUUACGGUACCAGCUAUGGCCAGCAGACAGGUGGACAUUGCUACCCAGGGCUGGUUCAUCGGCCUCAUGUGCGCCAUUGCUCUGCUUAUCCUGAUCCUUCUCAUCGUGUGCUUCAUCAAGAGGAACAAGGGGGGAAAGUACCCAGUGAAAGAGAAGGAGGCUGCACAUGCCGACCCAGAGGUCCAGCCCAUGAAGGAUGAUGAUAUAACUUUUGGAGAGUACAGGGUAUGGGACUACAAGUGAUCCGAAACCUCUUCACCUCUGGAGCUGAAGCACAACUUUCUUAUUUGUGGGCAGGUUGCCCUAAACGUCUAUGCCAUAUCUGUGUUACUGAUUAAUUUUCUACCAAAUAUGUACAAUAAUGUGUAAGACUUCCAUAAUACUCAAAAUUCAGGAUAUUAGAUUAGAUAUUUUUUCUUUCCUUUGGUUUUACAAGAUUUUGAAUUUACUUUAGGAAAAGCAAGAUUCUCCCCUUAAAUUUGAAUGAAUUCAGAUCAGUUGGCUGAAUAAUUAUGCAAACAAAUUUUAUUCAUUCAUUACCAAAUUGUACAGUAUACAUGCACAGUGUAAUAGCAUUCAAAUGAUGGAGCACAGAGAUUCUCUAGCUAUCACUGAAAGCAGUUUUCUUGUGAUGCUUGUUAUUGUAAUCAGUCUCUUCCUCCUCCUCCUCCUCCUCUUUAGCUGCUUAUCGAACUGCACGCGUAAGCUAUAAAAAUCAAGCACUUUACUUUGUAUAGCACUUCUGAAGCAUUUUUGUACAUCUUUUUCAAUUUUUAUUAUGUUUACAUGGUCUUCAUUUUAUACCUUAUAUUGUUUGUAUAUAAUUCGAAUAUAAUAGAGUGUAAUUUUAUCUAUUUACUGUGUCCUGACAAUUUGUUAUUCAUGUUUUUAGUUAUCUAUAAUUUAAUGUACUGUGCAUGACGAUGCAUAAAGUGUCAUUUGCAAUAGAUAAAUGUAUUGGGUGAUGUUCAAAGUAAUGAGUAUACAGUAUGUAACUUUGCAUAUUACAUACAGUAUAUAGCAUGCACAACAAAGAGGGCCAUAAUUCUCUGCUAAUGACAGUCUGACCAUUUAUUUAAGUUUCUAGUUACAUUUUUGUGUCAGCUUGUUGAACUGGAAUACUCUACAAUAUUGUAGUUCAUAGGUUUUUUAUGAGUGGUAUGACAGUACUUGUUGAAAUCAGGACUACCUGCCAUAUUUAAUAUUUAAUAGAUUUGGGUUCACACGACCCAUAGAAAUAAAACAUUCAUAAAAUAAUAGCUCAGACUAGCAGCUAAACGCUGACAGUUAGUUGAUCACUUUUGCUCUAUUGAUUGUGACAGUAAAAUAUUUACACAUCACCUCAACAAGCCUUUACAUACUCAGGCAAACAUUUGUAAUAUUUUGUGAAUUUUAAUGUGGCUUUUUUUUUUAUCUUUUCCCCCGUUAACCUCAAUGGCUAACCAUGUCCCAUGUCCUGGUCCUCCUUCAUUCCCCCGUCCCUGGUUCGUUCUGAUCCCGUGAAGCCUGUGGUUAGUGCGGCAUUGAUUCUGGACCCUGGUGAGGUCGGUGCAAGCCACCAUAGUGAAAUGAUUCAGUGGCUGUGGCUCUGUGGCAGCUCUGAGCCUCCCCAGCUGCUGCUCUGUCUUGCGUUACAUUGGCUUUGCCAUUUGCAGCAGCAGUGCCGUGUGAGAGACAUAACAGUGUUGAUUGUAGCUCUGCGUGUGCUGCAUCCCGCACACUAAUUCAAUACGAGCAUCCUCUUUGACCACCGCUGUCUGCUCCCUCUGCCAUCUGUGUGUGUGGGUUGGACAUAGGUCUGGAAGGAGGUAAGGGGAACAGUGCGAGACGUGCAUGUGGAAAUCUGACUGAGAUUAGAACUGGCACUGGGAGAAAAACGCCUUGCACACCAUCCCAGGAUGGCACUCUACUCAUGCUCCCAAGCCCUGAAGCCCAAUGCUAUCAUACACAGGCUUUCCUAUAGCUCCAGCUGCUUGUGGGUUCUUUCAGGGGGUUGCGAGGGAACACCAAAGCAAAUACCAUACCUUCAGUAAUGCUAGUGCUACUACCAGAGCUACCAGAGUUGCUGAUCGCUUAAAUGUUUAUGAUAGCAUUUUAUGGCUUUUUAAGGCAAAGGUGUCAAAUGUUUGUACAGUACAUUACAUGACAGAUCAUCACAUGCUUAUUUUAAGUGAACUAAAUUGAUUUGUCAUUUCCCUCAAAUGCUCAUUUUUGUUUUGGCUGUUGGAUAUCUGCUUUCCUGGUCACAUCUUUGUCUUAUUAUUUAUGGUUACUGAAUGUUCAAAAUGGCUGUGGAAAGACAGCCAGUGCUCAUGUUUAUUGACAUAAGCCUUAUUCACUGUGAUUAAAAUUACUGGAGCCUUCAGGAAUUAACAUUGCUUGUCAUUAGUGCUAUACGAAAUCACAAAUCUUAUUUUUUGGUCAUUGUUACCAACAUGUGUAAGAGUGAAAAAUUAAUGCUUUUAAUUACCUACUGGUUUAUCUAAUUAGAGAUAUUCUAACAUUGUACAUGCAGUUCUGGUUGUACUGAUGGAGUUCUAUGCUGAACGAUAAACUUUUAUCGCCAGACUUUAGGGUGCACCAUCAGAUAGUUGCCAUAAUUUUGGUAAUAACUAUUGAUGUAAAUUACAAAGGGCUUGAGUAAUUUAAUCUCAUGUGAACAGAAUAUGUUACUAUAUAACAUUAUUUCAUACCUUUUACUUUGUUUCAGAAAUGCAGAAAUUUUGAGAAUUACAUAAUUGUGCCUGAUAUCCAUUGAUGUUCAAUAUUCAGUUUUGCAUUCACCCCAUCCACCAUAAAGUUCCACAAAUCAAACAUUAAAGUUAAAAAUGUGAAAUACAUUUAAAUAUAUGUGCUACAGGAUGUAACAGUAACAUUUAAUGUUUAUUUGAUACUAAUGAUCCUAUUACCCCAUUUUGUCAUACCUAUGUCACUAAGUAUGGCACAUGUGUAUGUACUAUACCUGGCAUGUUGUUUGUAUCAGUGUUCCAUCUUUGGUCAUGAACAGCCAAGCUAAUCUCUGUCUGACAUGUCUCUCAUCUCUGUCUGACAUGUCUCUCACCGUUCCACCUGUAACAUCUGCAUGUU